GCUCUGCCCAUCCUUGCCCCGUGCGUGGUCAACGCCUCGGUGCAGAACAUCUCCGGCUUCGCCACGCUGCCCGGCCACGUGCAGGACUUCAUGCGGUACCAGCACUGCCGGUCCUUCCCGGUGCUGCUCAGCGUCCCCGGCAAGUGCGGGGGGCCAGAGGGGUCCCCCAACAUCUUCCUCCUCUUGGCCAUCAAGUCAUCGCCAGUGAACUAUGAGCGCUGCGGCGGCGGUGGGAUGCUCAUGUCCGGCUUCACCGCCCGCGUCAUCUCCCGGGAAUCGCGGCACAUCAAGCUCUUCCCAAUCGACGACGUCUACCUGGGCAUGUGCUUGGAGAAGGCAGGGCUCCUGCCCGCUUCCCACGACGGCAUCCGGACCAUAAGUGUCGGGGUGCCGGCCAACGCCGACCCCUUCGAUCCCU